CAAUCACAAAAAUUAAAAUUAUAAAAGAAGAUGGAAGACGUGGACGCAGAAGUUUCUGGAGAAAUAGAAAUGUCUUCUUUAACAACUGCUGUUGCCUCGUCUUCAUAUUUCGGCAAAAUAAAAUCAUGGAUAGGGGAGAAGCGCUCGAAAAUAAGACCUUGGUCAGAAUUUCUUGAUAUGAAAAGAUUUUCCAAGCCAAAAAACAGCUCCGAAAUGACGUCUAGAAUGACGAAGAAUGUUGAAGUAUAUCAAGCAAAUUAUGUUUUUAUUUUUCUCGGAUUAGCUACUUAUUGCGUUCUUACCUCACCGAUUUUGUUAAUUGCAUUGUCAAUUUCUGGUGGAGCAACCUGGUAUAUUAAUUAUAUAAAUAAAUCCAGACCUCUUACAAUAGCUGGUCGUCAAUUCAGUCUUGCUGAACAAUAUGCCCUUGUAGCCUUGAUAUGUUUACCAUUAUUCUUCCUUGCAUCAGCUGGAUCAACUGUGUUUUGGAUCAUAGGAGCAUCCUUCUUUGUUAUUGCCCUUCAUGCAUCUUUCUUUGCUGUUACAACAUCCUCAGAGUUAUCGGAUGCUAUAUAGUUGUAGGUACCAGAAUCACAUCUAAUGACAGUGUAACCUGGAUUUCUGACUUACAGUAUAAUGGUAAACUCUUGCCAGUUAUAUAUUCCAUAUAGACUUGUAUGCAUUCUUUUCUCAAUAUUGAUAUAACAGUUCACACCUUCUUUUGUUUCUACUUUUAUAUUGGUACAGUGACUAUAAAUAAUAUAGAUAUAAUAUGCUGUACAUAAUAUGUUAUAUAAUACAACCUUUACCACACCAUAUUGUACACUUACUAGCUCUUAACUUAACAUAUACAUAUAUAGCGCAACACAUUUCUAAAGCAUUCUGAAAACUGCUUCAACUGAAACAACUGCAGAGUCGUAAUCAGUUUGAUAAUACUAGGAAUUUGUCGCGAUUUUCCAAUUUAUAACGAUUGAAGCUAAGAAGGUGCAUGUUCACUGAUAAAAUUUUCGAUUUAUUUGUCCUAGUUUCUGGAGCCGCUUCUUUUUUUUUUAAUUUAAAACCCAAGGACAAGGUUAGCUGUAAUCGGGCUUCGAACAACCUGCUAAACAACGUGGGACUCGGCAAGUAAUAUUUUCUUUCGCGAAACAAUUUAAAAAAAUCAUUUAUUAAUCGACGUGGUGGAUACGUUCCAAAAUAAUUUGGGUAACGUCGCAUUAAAUAAAAGUAAAAAACAAAAUCCUCAUAGUCGGAUGUAGUAGUCCCGAAAAUGGCACUUGUUAAGACCUUAAUAAGCAUUCGUUUGCAAAUUUUACUAACGAGUAGUUAAAAAUAACGUGAUAAUGAACAAAAAAACUAUUAGCAUUGCCUUCUGGGAAAAAACUAUGCCAUUUUUGGCCCAUAUUUAAUAGUAGUCAUUUGUACCUAACGUAUCAAAACGAGCAUUGAUUGUGACUUCCAAAAUAUGUUCGUGGUGAUUUCUUGGGGUAGAAAGAGAAUAAUCUAUGGAUUUAUAUUAUCUACCAAAUUGAAAAAAAUGAACCAAAUUGAAAAA